UUUCUUCUAUUUUCCCUGAGUCCAACCUCUUAUUUCUGAAAAGUCCAACCUUUUCCUGACGAAUCUGAAUUCACUAUUCACAUUCAUCUUUCCUCCCCUUUUCUGCACCAAAAAUGACAAUCGAAUCUGUUCCACAAUUCGGCUUCGGCACCAAGGCUAUCCACUCCGGUGCCCCUAUCGAUUCCACUACCGGUGCCGUCAUCGAGCCCAUCUCGUUGUCUACCACCUUUGCCCAGUCUGAGCCAGCAAAGCCUUUGGGUAUCUACGAAUACUCGAGAUCCUCCAACCCCAACAGAGACAACUUCGAAAUCGCUGUCGCUGCCUUGGAAAGAGCCAAGUACGCCAUUGCUCUUGGUUCCGGUUCGGCUGCCACUGCCUUGAUCAUCCAAUCAUUGCCAAUCAACUCGCACAUCAUCUCUGGUGGUGAUGUCUACGGUGGUACCCACAGAUACUUCACCAAGGUCGCCAACACUCACGGAGUUGAGGCCACCUUUGUCGGCGACUUGGCUGCUGACUUGGAAGCAUCUAUCAGAGACAACACUAAGUUGGUCUGGUUGGAAACUCCAUCUAACCCAACUUUGUCUGUCACUGACAUCUCCAAGAUUUCCCAGAUCUUGGCUGCUCACGAGCAAAAGACAGGCAACAAGAUCUUGCUUGUUGUCGAUAACACCUUCUUGUCGCCAUACAUCUCGAACCCAUUGGUUCACGGUGCUGAUGUUGUUGUCCACUCUGUAACCAAGUACAUCAAUGGUCACUCUGACGUCGUCAUGGGUGUUUUGGCUACCAACUCCGAUGAGUUACACGAAAAGUUCAGAUUCUUGCAAAACGCCAUUGGUUCGAUUCCAUCGCCUUUCGACUCGUGGUUGGCCCACAGAGGUUUGAAGACAUUGCACUUGAGAGUCAGACAGGCUGCUACCUCUGCCCAGAAGAUCGCCGAGUUCUUGUCGAAGUCAUCCGGUGUCGUCAAGGUCAACUACCCAGGCUUGAAGUCUCACAAGAACCACGAAGUCGUAUUGCACCAGCACAGAGACGGCUUGGGAGGUGGUAUGAUCUCUUUCAGAAUCGAGGGUGGUGCCAAGGCUGCUGCCGUAUUCACCUCGUCCACCAAGUUGUUCACCUUGGCCGAGUCUUUGGGUGGUAUCGAGUCCUUGAUUGAGGUUCCUGCCAUUAUGACCCACGGAGGCAUUCCAAAGGCUGAAAGAGAAGCUAACGGUGUCUACGAUGACUUGAUCAGACUUUCUGUCGGUAUUGAAGAAACCGACGACUUGUUGGCCGACAUCCAACAGGCUUUGGCUGUAGCCACUGCCUAGUUCAUAGAGUUGGGUGUCGAAUUUGUACAAUAUAAAUGAACAUGCAUUUUGAAUUUAAACAGUAUUGUAGAAUUUCGCAGCCAUUCGCAGCCAUUCGUAAAUGUGAAAGGGAAGCUGCUAGAGUAGAUGAGCCGAGAAAUGCAGGAAGAAAAGUUUCUUUCCAUAGAACAGCCCCUCUGAAGAUACUGUGGGGAUCUUGUCGUUUUCCAUUAGUCGUUCGCUUUAGUCACAAAGCCUUAUCCCAUUUAUUCCAGAUGUGUUUGGAAUCUGGAACCUUUCCCAAUUGAGUACUCCUGCAGGGAAGUCCAGUAGGUGGAUAUGGAAGAGUUUUGGUAACUGGUGUUCAAUGUUGUAUUGCAGUCGUUAUGAGAGACAUUAGCCUAUAUAUACAAUAAAUAUAAUGGUUGUAUCUU